ACUCUAAAAGGCAGUCAGUUGGUCACCAGCGAUCGCGGAGUGAGGGACGUCGCCGCUCCGACGUGCGAGUGACUGUCCAUGUGACUCGUUGUAUAUAAUACGUCUUAUUUUACAGUUUGAAUCCCUUUGUACUUUUAAGUGAGAGCGACUGAAGGGGAAAAUGACAGAGAUUUAGACGUUACUUAUGGUGUUUUAUACUUUUUUUUUUAAAGUUUUGUCGAUGGUAAAGAGCAUUUAGGCGAAUUUAUAAGGGAAAUAGACAUGACAAGAGACCUGAGAUAAACGAUCAUUAAAAAGGACUUAAUUCAAAGAUAUGUUACGAGGAAAAUUCUAAGAGCCCGAUACUAAUAUGGCCAAUGUCAUACUUCGUCCGAGAGUCUUCGUCACCAUACUGGUGUGGGUCGUGUCCUUCUGUGGGCUGCUGAUGGUAUGGCAGGCGCCGCCCCCCUCGUCCACUUCGUCUCUGCUGCACUCACCGUCUUCGUCCGUAGGCUCCGAGGACUCUGACCAGGAAUUCCUAUCCCACCGGAGCCGCACCAAACUGGUUCCUCGCACCCACGUCAGCAACUGGGCCUAUCUGCAGCCGAAACCCAGGGAGAGGACGGAUUCCUGGAAAGAGAAGAUCGAGCCCUGGAAACAGCAGACGGAUUCCUGGAAAGAGAAGAUCGAGCCCUGGAAACAGCAGACGGAUUCCUGGAAAGAGAAGAUCGAGCCCUGGAAACAGCAGACGGAUUCCUGGAAAGAGAACGCCGACUCGCUCAAAGAGAGGCUGGAUUCAUGGAAAGAGAGCCCCGACUCGCCCAAAGAGAGACUGGGUUCCUGGAAGGAGAGGAGUGUCCCUGUGAGAGAGAGGACGACAGAUCCCGGCGCCAGGGCCAAGCCUUACCCUAAGAUCACCUUCCGUAACAGGGAGUCCUCGACGAGGGGAGCCCUUGGGGACUCCGCAACAGACGCAAACCUGCCCAUGAGUAGUCCCAUAACAUACCACAGGUCGAGGAUCAAAGAUGCCACGCCCUUGGGGAGUCACGCCCUUUCGUCUCUUCCUCCUGAUGGCAGAGAAGAAAAGGGACUCCUUAUUCAUCACACGAUAGGGACCAAAGCGACGCCGAACAGAAUAACGAAAGAAAAUAUUCAAAAAGAAAACAUCCAGAAAGAAGAUGACGAAUAUUCUACGGAAGCAAAACAGAUGAAACUCGCCGCUGACGAUGACGUCAUCGGCGGCAGCAGCUACGGUCUGCGCGCCGAUCACGAAGAAGAAGAAGAAGAGUAUUACGAAGAGGAAUACGUCGAUAAUGGCGAGACUGAUGUCGGUGAAAAUGAGGUGGGAAGGGAGAGAGUCGGGGACGAAGAAGAGGAGGGGGGAUUUACGAACGAAGAAUACUACGGCGCCGCCUCGGAUCAGGCAGUCGAUUUGGGCGGGAGAUUCAACGUCACGCCCCCAGGGGCCUCCGUCGUCAUCUACAACAGGGUGCCCAAGUGUGCCUCUUCCACCAUGCAGACUAUUCUCAGGAGGCUUUCGAAGCACCUAAACUUCGAGCACGUCUCGUCCCUGAUCUACGACCACCAUCAGCUGACACGGGAAGAGCAAGAAAAAUUGGUCGAGAACCUCACGACCUCCCUGACGGCAGCCCCUUCCCAUGCCCUUAGCUACGACAGGCAUCUUUACUAUACCAACUUCACGGGAUUGGGGUUGAAUCCUCCUGUUUACAUAAACAUAGUCAGAGACCCCGUGGAAAGGUUCAUAUCUUCAUUUUAUUAUCGGCGCAGCGAGGAGAGACUCAAUCGUAUCCAGAUGCACGGGCAUUCAGUGUCGCCUUCCUUGAGUUGGGUGAACAGAACAGUAGAGCAGUGUGUCCUGCUAAAUGACCCUGAGUGUUCUUUUGUACCUGGAGAAGAAAAGGAAUUGAUGCUGAGUUACUUCUGUGGCCACCAAAAAUUUUGCCGUAUAAUUGGCAACCGUGAUGCCGUGCAGAUGGCCAAGCAUAUCGUGUCUAAAGAGUACAGCGUUGUUGGCCUGGUUGAGCACAUGGAUCUCUCACUCUUACUCUUGGAGACGCUUGUUCCUCGAUUUAUGGAGGGAGCAACAGAAAUCUAUGGAAACAUUAGACAGAAAGAGCAUAUGGUUGUGAAUAUCAAUCACAAGAAGCCAAAGGUUUCAGUGGCAGUAAGAGAUGAACUGUUAAGACGGAUGUCUGAUGACAUAGAUUUCUAUUACUUCUUAGAACAAAGGUUGUUUGAGCAAAGGAAAAAUUUCCUUUCAAAAAGGUGAAUUUUAAGAAAAAUUAAAAAACAUGUGAAUAGUGCCUAAUAUACGACUGUAAAAAUAUUUUUACAAUGUACAAGUACUUUAUAUGCAACUGCCAUUACCACAUCUCCAGAAAAUCCACACUAACAAGACUGAUCAGGUAAUACCUAUAAGUGCAAUAACAGAACAUUAUGUGGAUUUCAAAGUGUAUGUAACCAUUAACCAGCUCUCUCUACACGAUAACAGCAAGUAAUGUGCGGGAUGAAUACUACAAAAGAUUACCAUCACGGUAAGAAUCAACGUAAUCGUCUUCAAUGAAUAUUGCUAUGGAAAGACACGUAGAAUACGUUCAUCUGUCCGUUGAAGUCGUGAAGGGAGGGGAGUCUACGCUAUUCAUAUUGAAUAAUUGUCAUUUUAACCAUUGCCUUCAUGAAGCUUUAAAAUUACUUUACGUAAGCGAUCUUACAGGUCCAUUACAAACAUGAACAGCACAACCUUAUUACAGUACUCUAUCAUUUAUUGCAUACUGCACAAACAUGAUAUGACACAUUUGGGGUGACAUUUUAAAAACUAAACUCCACACUACUUCAAUAAUAGGUACUCCCUCAAAAAUGUGAUAUUUAAUCAAUACUUACAUAUCAUCAAUUUUAGGCAUAAAAUAUAAACACCAGAUUAGAACGGACAGAUAUAACGAAUAAAAAAAGAUAUCAGCCAUCUAACUUCCAAAAAGGAGGAUCUGAAAUGAAACCAAAAUGUUUUCACUUCACAUAGCAUAACCUUUUGGAAGUUAGAUGUAUGACAAUAUCUGUCCACUCUGAUCUAUCUUCUACAUUUUAUGCCUAAAACUGGUCCAGGUCCUCACCUACACCCCUCUAAUGAAUACUGCACAAACAUGGUGUCACAGGGUGUCACAUAGCUUCGUAAUUCAUUCCAGGAACAUUUCAGGAAUUCAACAAAUACCAGUACAUACACAGAAAAAUAGCCCAACUCCUAUACUUGACACCUUUAGUCAUUCAGCUGUGAUUGCUUAAUUACUGUACUGCUAAUUAAGCUUUUUUAAAUACAUCCUUAUUUCAUAUUGAAAUAAAUUUUACUAAAAUAAAA